AUGAAGCCAAAAACAAUUCCAGACUUGUCACCAUUACCUAUUCCACGUGGUUCACAAGGGAAAAAUUUUAACAGCCUUUUUCAAAGGGCCAUGCAAAUAUUCGCUAGUCAUAAAAAAUUUCGUCACACCAAUAAAGAACUUACCAAUGUCGCUUCUAGUCACGCGUCGCCAGACAUUGAGCCAUCCGCAUCACCGCAUCAAUAUAAAUUAGGGUCUUCUUCAAGCAGUAUUAUGAGCUCAUCUUCGCAGUACCAACAAGUUUACCAAAAGCAAUCUUCGGCGGCGUUACAGCAACAGAUUCCUCCGCAACCACCACAACAACCGCAAAUGCAACAGCAACCUCAACAUCCACAGCAAAUGCAGCAACAAGUUCAACAUUCACAGCAAAUCCAUCAACAACAACAGUCGCAACAACCGCCACAGCAACAACACUCACAUCAGUCGCAACAAAUUCAUCCCCACCAACAGUCGCAACAAUCAUCGAACAGAUAUUCAAACUCAAUACACCCAUCGGUUACGAUGGCAGCAGCUUAUCAACAGCAUUCAUCAUCUUUGCCACAAAAUAUGGUUGCUAAUAAUAUUCCUGAAUAUUCUAUGAUGGCUACAACAAAUCAAGAACAUUCUUAUCAAAUGCUACCACCACUUGUUGGAUGUAGUAUACCGGUUAGUGGUAGUGUCAGUGCUGGAAAUAGUAAUAAUGUGAAUGGUGGGGGUAAUGGACAAACAACGGGAAUAUUGCCAUCCAUAAUUGGAUUUGUGGGAGGAGGGGGUGCCGGAAUGACUGGAGGCACAGGAUUUGGGUCCGCCAACGCAUUUGGAAUGAUGAGGUACCCAAGUUCGGGUGGGAUUAUUAACAGCAGUGGGAUAGUGAACAAUAACACUAUAGGAAGUAAUACAAUUGGAAUUAACACUAGUUACGGUAACAAUAGCAUACCGGGAAGUACUUUGGGAUUACCAAACAUGUUGAAUCAUGAAAAUGGUAUGUGA